CGGCGUUACCGGCCAACCUUUCAAAGACACGGCGGCGACGAGCGGUUUUAAUACCAAAUGUCGCAAAACCGGCGCACGUUAGCGACGCCUCUCCUUCUUCGUCUUCCUUAUCCUGCGCCGUCCUUCUCAACACUGCGUCGUCGUCCCCACUCUCAGUUCCCAAAAUCCCAAUCCUUUCCUAGGGUUAGGGUUUCCACUUUCUCUCUCAUCUACACUAUUCUUCCGAUGCAAUUCGCAGAUUCUGCGUCCCGUUUCUCUGGUUUUCACUCGCUUCCUCGUCGUCAUUUUUCACAUGGACCGUCACAGGCAAUCCAAGGACUUGUUCUACUCCAACCUCUUCAACCUUGAGUUUUGGGUCCUGCUGCAGCCAUUGGUGAACUUCCAACUUCCGCAACCAGAGGAUGAUUUUGAUUAUUAUGCUAAUAGUAGUCAUGAUGAGAGCAGAGAUAGCCCAGGUAGAACAAUUACAACACAGGGUAAUGGUACCAUGACUAAGAGAGAGUUGAGCUUGGUGAGAAAAAGAAGGCAGUCCCUGAACAGUGAGGAGGAGGAGGAUCAUGGUGCGAACGAUUACUACGGGACGCACGUCACUGAAGAGCGGUAUCGGCAAAUGCUUGGAGAACACAUUAAGAAUUAUAAGCGAAGGUCUAAACACCCAUCUCCCAUGCCUGCACGUAUGGGUAAUUCAGUGUCCAAAGGUAACUCAAGUUUAAGAGCUAGGAGGUCAGGGAGUGAACAACAUGAAGGAUUUCUUGAAAUGGAAACAGCAAAUGAUUAUAAUCCUCAUAGACCAGGAAUUCAUCAUGAUCCGGAUUUUGCUUCGCUGCUUACCCCUAACAGAGUAAUAUAUGAGCCUGCAUAUUUGGAUAUUGGGGAUGGCAUCAUUUACAAAAUUCCCCCAACUUACGCUAAGCUGGCCGCUUCACUGAACUUGCCGAGCUUCUCUGACAUCCAAGUAGAGGAAGUUUACUUAGAGGGUACUUUGGAUUUGGGGUCUUUAACAUCCAUGAUUGCUGAUGACAAAAGAUUUGGAAACCGAAGCCAGGCAGGGAUGGGGGACCCUCGGCACCAGUAUGAAUCGCUUCAGGCAAGAUUAGAUGCCUUGUCAGCUUCAAACUCGUCACAGAAGUUCAGUCUUAAAGUAUCUGAUAUUGGGCUGAAUUCAUCCAUCCCUGAGGGGGCUGCUGGAAGUAUAAAGCGAGCUAUUUUAUCCGAGGGUGGCGUGCUACAAAUAUAUUACGUAAAGGUUUUGGAGAAGGGAGACACUUACGAGAUUAUUGAACGCAGCUUGCCCAAGAAGCAAAAUGUAAAGAAAGACCCUUCUGUCAUAGAGAGAGAGGAAAUGGAGAAGAUUGGAAAAAUCUGGGUCAACAUUGUAAGGAGAGACUUGCCAAAACAUCACCGAAAUUUCACAGCAUUUCAUCGAAAGCAGCUAAUUGAUGCCAAGAGGUUCUCAGAAAUUUGCCAAAGGGAGGUGAAAAUGAAGGUCAGCAGAUCACUUAAAAUGAUGAGGGGUGCUGCUAUUCGGACAAGGAAAUUAGCUAGAGACAUGUUGCUCUUUUGGAAGCGUAUUGAUAAGGAGAUGGCAGAAGUGCGGAAAAGGGAGGAAAGAGAAGCUGCUGAAGCUUUGAGACGGGAGCAGGAACUUCGAGAAGCUAAGAGACAGCAGCAGAGGCUCAAUUUUCUUAUACAACAAACAGAACUUUAUAGUCAUUUUAUGCAGAACAAGUCUAAUUUGCAUCCUUCUGAAGCUCUGCCUUUGGGAGAUGAAAAACCAGAUUACCAGGAAGGGACUUGGAACUCAGAUAGCAUGCCUGCUGAGGAAGAAGAUCCUGAGGAGGCUGAACUGAAGAAGGAGGCACUUAGAGUUGCUCAAGAUGCAGUCUCGAAGCAGAAAAGGUUAACAAGUGCAUUUGAUGAUGAAUGCUCAAGACUACGCCAAGCUUCUGAACCUGAUCCAAAUGAAGUUGCCGGAGCUAAUAACAUCGAUCUGCUUCAUCCCUCAACCAUGCCUGUAACUUCAACAGUACAGACACCUGAGUUGUUUAAAGGUAGCCUUAAAGAAUAUCAGCUAAAAGGUCUCCAAUGGUUGGUCAAUUGUUAUGAGCAGGGUUUAAAUGGUAUACUUGCUGAUGAAAUGGGCCUUGGAAAGACCAUCCAGGCAAUGGUAUUUUUGGCUCAUUUGGCUGAGGAUAAAAAUAUAUGGGGGCCCUUUCUUGUUGUUGCACCUGCAUCGGUCUUGAACAAUUGGGUCGAUGAAAUCAAUCGUUUCUGUCCUGACCUGAAAGCUCUUCCAUAUUGGGGUGGGGUUACAGAUCGUGCAAUUCUUAGGAAAAAGAUUAAUCCCAAGAAUUUAUAUCGCAGGGAUGCUGGUUUUCACAUCCUCGUUACCAACUAUCAGCUACUUGUUGCUGACGAAAAGUAUUUUCGGCGUGUUAAGUGGCAAUAUAUGGUAUUGGAUGAGGCACAGGCAAUCAAAAGUUCGACGAGCAUAAGGUGGAAAACACUGCUAAGCUUUAAUUGUCGGAACCGCUUGCUGCUUACUGGGACACCUGUCCAGAAUAAUAUGGCCGAGUUGUGGGCCCUUUUACAUUUUAUCAUGCCUACUUUAUUUGACAGCCACGAACAGUUCAAUGAGUGGUUCUCAAAAGGAAUUGAAAAUCAUGCAGAACAUGGGGGUACUUUGAAUGAACACCAACUUAACCGCUUGCAUUCAAUACUAAAACCUUUUAUGUUGCGGAGAGUAAAAAAAGAUGUAGUCUCUGAGCUUACUAAAAAGACUGAGAUUACAGUGCAUUGCAAGUUAAGUUCUCGGCAGCAAGCUUUUUAUCAAGCUAUCAAGAAUAAGAUAUCUCUUGCUGGGUUGUUUGACAGCAAUAGGCAUAUUAAUGGGAAGAAAGCUCUCAGUCUUAUGAACAUUGUCAUUCAGCUAAGAAAGGUAUGCAAUCACCCAGAGUUGUUCGAAAGGAACGAGGGAAGCACGUACUUAUACUUUGCAGACAUUCCAAAUCCUCUUUUGCCCCCUCCUUUUGGGGAACUUGACGACGUACACUACUCGGGAGGCCACAAUCCCAUAGAGUUCAAGUUACCGAAACUGGUCCACCAAGACGUUCUUCAAAGUUCAAAAUCAUUUGCAGUUGCACAUGGCAUUGGAGGAUAUCUUCAGAAACAUUUUAACAUAUUUUCUUCGGAAAACGUUUAUCGAUCCAUAUUCAUGCAAGGAGACUAUUUACGUCAGUCAUAUCGUCAAAGUGGUACUUUUGGUUUCACCCAUUUGAUGGAUCUAUCCCCUGCAGAAGUUAUGUUUUUGGCCAAUGGUUCUUUUCUAGAACGGCUACUUUUUUCCAUAACGAGAUGGGACCGGCAAUUUCUCGAUGAAAUCGUGGGAUUCAUUAUGGAAUCUAUUGAUGAUGAUGAUCCAGAAAAUGGUUCUCUCGAGCAGGGAAAAGUGCGCGCCGUUACAAGACUGUUGUUGAUGCCUUCCAUAUCUCAGACUAACUUGCUCCGGAGAAAACUCGCAACAGGGCCUGGUGAUGCUCCUUUUGAGGCUUUAAUCAUUCCUCAACGGGAGAGGCUUCAGUCCAACGUUGGGCUUCUUCACGCAGCAUACACGUUUAUUCCAAGGAUUCGAGCUCCACCGAUAGGUAUUCACUGCUCAGAUAGAAGCUUUACUUACCGAACGGUUGAACAAUUGCACGAUCCUUGGGUUAAGAGAUUGUUUAUCGGCUUUGCACGAACAUCUGACUUUAACGGACCAGGGAAGCCAAACGAACCCCACCCUUUGAUUCAAGAGAUUGAUUCUGAAAUACCAGUUUCCCAGCCUGCUCUUCAGUUGACGUACGGUAUUUUCGGGUCCUCUCCUCCAAUGCAAAGUUUUGAUCCAGCAAAGUUGCUCACGGACUCUGGGAAGCUACAAACACUCGAUAUAUUACUGAAACGCUUGCGAGCCGAAAAUCAUCGUAUACUCCUGUUUGCUCAAAUGACAAAAAUGUUGAAUAUUCUCGAGGAUUACAUGAAUUAUCGAAAAUAUAAAUACCUUAGACUCGAUGGAUCCUCCACUAUAAUGGAUCGUCGAGAUAUGGUCAGGGAAUUCCAACUUCGGAAUGAUAUUUUUGUGUUCUUAUUGAGCACAAGAGCUGGUGGACUUGGCAUUAACUUAACAGCUGCUGAUACUGUCAUCUUCUAUGAAAAUGAUUGGAAUCCGACAUUGGAUUUGCAGGCGAUGGACAGAGCUCACCGUCUCGGACAGACAAAAGACGUCACCGUUUACAGAUUGAUAUGCAAAGAGACAGUUGAAGAGAAGAUUCUUGAACGAGCUAGCCAGAAAAACACUGUUCAGCAGCUUGUCAUGACGGGCGGCCAUGUUCAAGGAGACAUCUUAGCUCCUGAGGAGGUCGUUUCUUUACUUCUCGACGAUGCGCAGUUGGAGCAAAAAUUACGAGAAAUACCUAUUGUGGCGAAGGGUAGAUAUCAGAACAAACAAGCGAAGGGUAUAAGAGUUGAUGCUGAGGGAGAUGCAUCCUUGGAGGAUCUAAUGAACACCGAAUCCCGGGGUACUGAAUACGACGUUCCAUCUCCUGAUCCCGAAAAAACUAACUCCAGCACGAAAAAGAGAAAAGGUGGUUCUGAAAAGCAAAGUUCAUCGAAGGCUCGAAGUUUACAAAAUAUAAACGAAACUACCCCGGUGGUUGAGUUUGACUUGGGUGACUCUCGGCAAAACGUCGAAUCUCAAACUCAGAAACCGAAGAGACCAAAGCGACCAACCAAGAGUGUAAAUGGAAACCUUGUACCAGCAACAACCUCCACAAACAUGGGAAUUUCAGAGCAGACUCAAUAUCCACAAUAGCAGCAGCUAUAUGAGGUUGAUUCGACGUGGGCGCUUCAUCACCCUACGAAGCAAACGAACUGCGGUCAUGGAAUUUGAUCAGAUUGAUCAUACUGCGUACAACAUUGAAGAUAAGAUGGUAUAAUUCAUCCUUCACGCUCGUGUCAUGUCCUGGCAUCUACACAGGUAUCGUGAAUGUUGUCCAGGUCCCGAUCGGAGGAUUGCGAGAGCUUGUCGUGUCGUGUACAUAUUGAGCUUAUCGCCAUCACACUUUCAAUUGAAGAUUUGAAGGUAACCAAAAUCUUCUGUAAUAUUUUCCCCCUCAUUUUGGCGGGAAAAUCCUCUGUAAUUAUAUCAAUAUUUGUACAGAUAUAUAUAUAUACAUUUAUGAGCUUCGUUUAA